AUGGAGAAGGAAGGUUAUCUAGCCGCUGGUUACAAUUAUGUAGCAGUCGACGAUUGCUGGCUGGAGGAGAAGCGAGACGCUAACAAGCGAAUGGUGGCGGAUCGUCAACGUUUUCCGAGCGGCAUUAAGGCGCUUGCUGACUACGUCCAUGGCAAAGGCUUAAAGUUCGGAAUAUAUCAAGAUUACGGCACAAAUACCUGCGCUGGAUACCCCGGUGUUCUCGGUUAUGAGGAGAUAGAUGUCAAAACCUUCGCCGAGUGGGAAGUGGACUACAUUAAAUUGGACGGUUGCUAUGUGGAUCCAAGCAAAUAUGAUACUGGCUAUCCCGCUUUUGGAAAGUUGUUGAAUGAGACCGGUCGUCCCAUCCUAUACUCUUGCAGUUGGCCAGCGUACCACGACAACCCGAAUUAUACUUCGAUCGCGAAACACUGCAACCUGUGGCGUAAUUACCGAGACAUCGAUGAUUCCUGGACGUCAGUGAAAAAUAUUAUGCAAUGGUUUGCCGAAAAUCAAGACGAGUUGGUGAAGUACGCCGGUCCCGGACAUUGGAACGAUCCUGAUAUGCUAAUUAUCGGAAACUUUGGUCUUUCGCUGGAUCAAGCCCGCGUGCAGAUGGCGGUGUGGUCGAUAUUAGCGGCGCCAUUGCUCAUGAGCGUCGACCUUGCUACUAUCCGUCCUGAGUUCAAAGAGGUGCUGCUUAAUGAAGACGUCAUUGCCGUCGACCAGGAUCCGCUAGGCAAGCAGGGCAAGCGCGUGUGGACAGGUUCGGAUUGCGAGAUCUGGAAUCGCGAGCUUGCCGACGGGUCCUACGCAAUAGCUUUCGUAAAUUUGCGAGAGGAUGGCGCCCCUUUCACUCUUCAAGCUAGCUUCGAUAACAUGAAAAUACCUAAACAAAUUUAUAAAGUGGUGGUUGGUAUUCAAUUUAAUUUUAAAAAUGGGUAUGGUAGUGAAUCGGGCCGCCCUCAAUUCCCGACCUAA